CUGAAGUUAAUUGAAAUAUCUGUGUUUCUUAAAUCCUAGAUGUUGUGGUUUUUUAAGUAAAUUGAGGAGGAGAUUGUACAAACCAGCAGUCUAUUGUUUUGCAUCAGCAUGUCAGUUGGCUGCUGGUGAAGCAGUAAUAGAUAAAUUGCUUAGUGAUCUUGAGAAUAGUGCAUUGUUCUCAGUGUUUGACGGGCCAUCAAAAUGGCAUUUUAGUGUUUUAUAAACUCCCUUUUUCAUAAAUGGCUCUUGUCUGUUCAGUUUCUUACCAGGCUGCAUAUCUUGCAGCCCUAGGAAGGAGGAGAUAGAGCUUUAGAAUAAACUGCUUUCAGUAGCUGGCCUGUGCUUCAUAAGUCUUUGCAAAACAUGUGAACAGGACAUUGUACACCUCUUCACUGACUAGCUGUCCUUAGCUAAUGCCUUGUUGUUGCUGACUUAACCACUUCCCAGCUGAAUCUCAGCCCAGGUACAAUAUUUGCUCUUGCAGAGGGAUUAAUUAUUGAAAUCCUGGAUGGACGCAACUGGAGACGAGCUUUCCAAUCCCCUACAAAUUGUCUUCCUUGCUUGUGAAGAGAGCAGUAAUUCCCUCUGCUAGAUGCAAAGAAGCAUAGGACACAGCUACCUUGGAAAAUUCAUCUUUCUUCAAUAAUUUAGAAGUUCCCAUCACUGUCUGUGGAAGCUCCUGUGCCACUUUGAACACAGCAAGGCAUCUGGCACAGGACAUCUGGGGACAGAAAAGCUUCAUUCACCCACAGUCACAUCCCUGUCUUUGACCAUGAGCCGCCCUGAGUCUCAAAAGACUGGGACUGGUGGGAAGAAUGCUGAUUCUCCUCCAAAACAAGUAAUCUUCAGAAAAAGCACCCGUGACAAAGCUCUGACCAUCUACUUGGGAAAGCGGGACUACAUUGACAACAUAGGGAAUGUAGAACCUGUAGAUGGUGUUGUAUUGGUGGAUCCUGCUAUUAUCAAGGGGAAAAAAGUGUUUGUGUCGCUGACGUGCGUGUUCCGCUACGGCCAGGAGGACAUCGACGUGAUCGGCCUCGCCUUCCGCCGGGACCUCUUCUUCUCCAGGGUGCAGGUGUACCCGCCUUCUGACAAGCCAGAGUCUCUCACCCUCUUGCAGGAAUCUCUGCUAAAGAAGCUGGGCAAAAAUGCUUAUCCCUUUUUCUUUACAUUUCCAGAUUACCUGCCUUGCUCAGUCUGCCUGCAGCCUGCACCUCGUGAUGUUGAUAAGACCUGUGGGGUGGACUUUGAGGUGAAAGCUUUCUCAACAGAAAAUGUGGAAGAGAGAAUUCAUAGGAGGAACUCUGCACGUCUGCUGAUCCGUAAGGUGCAGUAUGCUCCGGAGAACCCAGGACCCCAGCCUUGUGCGGAGACCACCUGGCAGUUCUUCAUGUCCAACAAGCCCCUGCACAUGAAAGCCUGCCUCAGUAAAGAGGUAUACUACCAUGGUGAGCCCAUUCCAGUCACUGUCACCAUCAACAACAACACAGACAAAACUGUGAAGAAGAUCAAAGUCCAGGUGGAGCAGGUGGCCAAUGUGGUGCUGUACUCCAGUGACUUCUACACCAAAGUGGUGGCUGCUGAGGAAGCACAUGAAAAGGUGCUGCCAAACAGUAGCCUGACCAAGACACUGACAGUUCUGCCCUUGCUUGCAAAUAACCGGGAGACACGGGAAAUAGCUCUGGAUGGAAAACUGAAGGAUGAGGACACCAACUUGGCUUCUAGUACCAUCAUUAAGGAUGGAAUAGACAAGACAGUGAUGGGGAUUCUGGUUUCUUACAAGAUCAAAGUGAAGCUCACUGUUCCAGGCAUACUGGGAGACCUCACUUCCAGUGAAGUGGGCACAGAGCUGCCAUUUCGUCUCAUGCACCCCAAACCUGAGGAAAAGAACCCAGCAGGGAAGGAUGGAGAAGCAGAGCUUGUAUUUGAGGAGUUUGCUCGUCAGAAGCUAAAGAGUACACCUGAUGAAGAGGACAAGAAUUCACCCUCAACUGAUGAGUGAUUAAAAGAACAGGCUGACAAA